AUGAUGAUCCAUGGAGAGUAUAAGAAGGUGCAUCCAGGUCUCCACGAAAUUAAAACAAUGCAGUUGGGGCUACUGAGUGACCAUCGUAAAUUUAUUGAAGACCAAUUCCAGGAAACAGAACAUGCAAUGUUAAAAAAACACAAAGAACUACAUACAAUAUAUGAGGAGCUUCUGAAUAUGUGUUAUAAACCAGAUGUAGAGAUGUUGCAGGAACUGGGAGAUCUGUUGUUCAGGAGCAAGUCUGUGCAGCUGCGCAUGCCGGUGCCGGUAAACCCAGUAUACCAUGCAAUACCCAUCCCUGGCCUGAUGUCCAGGUGCAACAAAUUUCGAGUUAAAAUUUCCUUCCAUAAUGAAAUAAGCAAUCACGAUAUCAUGAUGUUUAAAAAUGUACAAAGUUUGAAGUUAGGAUGUGACCUUCAAGACACAUAUUUUUCUCCCGGAAGAUCUAAGUACUUUGCUGCCUGGGGAAUCACAGGCCUUCAGACCUCUGUAAAGCAAUACUGGGAAGUAGAUGUUGACAAGUCUUUGGACUGGGCUGUAGGAAUGUGUCGACGAGGACCAUCACUGAUGAAUGGCCCCGCAAUCUUGAAAAAGGGUGUGUUUCUUCUUUUACAUCAGAAGGAAAAUAAUUUCAACACUCUCUUGACAACUUCUCCACCAACUUUUCUCUAUUCAGAGAAACCAUUGGAAAGGGUUGGUGUACAUGUUGAUUUUGAUUGUGGCAGUGUGAGUUUUGUUAAUGUGGCCAAAAGUUCCCUGAUAUGGAGAUACCCAGAUAACUCUUUUCGUUGCCCACUCACACCAUUUUAUUGCACUGAGCAUACAUUAUCAUGA